UACAGCGAAGAAGAAAACCCUCGGUGUUAUCGAAAUAGUGCGAGAGCAGGGGGCUACAUGUUAGGGAUGUAACAGUGUAGCAUUCAUACGUUUUAUUUCUGAAAUCAUGUUCCAAUUCUGAUAUAACCUUUAUCGCAUUCACAAAGAAACCCAAAUGCUUGCUAAUAUAAGAAGCUAGGUGAGGAAAUGACGACGAAUUGCUGUGUUAGUUAACGUGAGCAAAGGCAUGGUUGUUAGUUAGCUAGCUUGCUGCGGCUACACUGUUUUUGUACACCGGAGUCAUGAGCGAAGAAGAAAAUACAUCAUCAGCAAACAAAGAUAAGGACUCUAAUCUUCUGCUCACUAAAGAUGGGCAAACAUACUGUGUGAGUAAGAGCGGAGUAGUCGACAGCAGAAAUGUGAUAACCCCGCACGAACCAGAGAACAACGUCUCCGGCUACGACAUGGAUGAUCCGGACGAGGAGAGCGACGUUCUGGACACUUCAGAUCCCAGAGACAGCGCCGCCAGCCCGGAGGAGCUCAACGAUGACGACACCUCGGAGGGCGACAACGCUCCUAAACAAUGCACCUAUGAGGGAUGCACGGAGACCACAACGCAGGUAGCCAAGCAGAGGAAACCCUGGAUGUGCAAAAAACAUCGCAACAAGAUGUACAAAGACAAGUACAAGAAGAAAAAGAGUGACCAGGCCAUGUCCAGUGGAAAAAUAGAUGAAAACUCAGAGGAGCGACCUGUUUCUGUGAACAAACAGCGCCUGGGUGCCAUGGGGGACCGGCCAGCCAGACCCUCUCUGAUAGAGCAGGUCCUCAACCAGAAGAGGCUGUCACUGCUCAGGAGUCCAGAGGUGAUCAGCUUCCUGCAGCAGCAGCAGCAGCUCUUGGCCACACAGAGUCGCACCCAGUCACAGCAGCAGUUCCAGGGUUGCUGACACCAGCCGAGCCUCAAGCCCUACUGGGAGAGCUGGUGUUAGGGCCCUUCAUGUACACCAGAGGCCCUCAGCUGCAGCACUGGAUGGACAUGAUCAACACCCCACAGGAGCCAGUGAAGCUGUUGCACGGAUUGAGCAAAGACAUUUAAGCAACCAAACAUGAACAAAUCCACAGACACACACAUGCAUGUACAUACACACAGAGUCUGAAAUAAUAGAAUAAAAGUGCAAAUAAAUGUGUAUAUCAUUUGUAAAACGCCUUGAGGCGAUUUCCAUCUGUUAAUAAAAGUGUGUCUAAAAGG